CAAAAGUUUCAGUGAAAGAAAGAACAGUGAAAAAAUCACUCGACUCUCUCUCUCUCUUUUGUUCUCUCUGCAACUCCAAGAUCUGGUAAGUAAAAGGGGGUUCCUUCCUUCCUCCCAUGCCAAGAUUUUGCUAAGGAAGAGAUGCCAUUGCCAAUGCUCCCUUUCGGGACCAAAACCGUCGUCGUUUUUUCCUUCUUGGUUUUGAUCUGGGGGUUUCGGAGUUGCCAUGGCCGCAUCUUCAGCUUCAAGAUGCACCAUCGAUUCUCCGAGCCCGUCAAGAAGUGGUCCGAGACUGCCGGUGCCGGCAAGCUCUCUCCGCCUCAAAAUUUGCCGGAGAAGGGAAGCUACGAGUACUACGCCGAAUUGGCCGACCGCGAUCGCCUCCUCCGUGGCCGGAAGCUCUCUGAAAUCGAUGCGCCGCUCGCCUUCUCCGAAGGAAACUCAACCUUUCGGAUCAGCAAUUUGGGAUUUCUGCAUUAUACGACGGUCAAGUUGGGUACUCCGGGAAUGAUGUUCAUGGUGGCUUUGGAUACUGGAAGUGACCUAUUUUGGGUGCCCUGUGACUGCAACCGAUGUGCUCCUACUGAUGGCACAACUUUUUCCUCUGAUUUUCAGCUUAAUAUGUAUGACCCUAAAGGGUCGUCAACAAGCAAAAAGGUUACUUGCAACAACACUAUGUGCGCCCAUCGAAAUCGUUGCGUUGAAACAUUAGGCAGUUGCCCUUACAUGGUCUCUUAUGUCUCAGCAGAAACAUCUACUUCUGGAGUACUGAUAGAGGAUGUCCUGCACUUGAAAAGGGAAGAUAAAUACCAGGAACUUGUUGAGGCAUACGUCACUUUUGGUUGUGGACAGGUUCAAAGCGGUUCAUUCCUUGAUGUUGCAGCUCCCAAUGGUUUAUUUGGGCUUGGAAUGGAGAAGAUAUCAGUACCUAGCAUUUUAUCGAGGGAAGGGUUUAUAGCAAAUUCUUUUUCUAUGUGUUUUGGACAAGAUGGGGUUGGAAGAAUCAGUUUUGGUGACAAGGGCAGUCCCGAUCAAGAAGAGACCCCAUUUAAUUUGAACCCAUCACAUCCAACAUACAACAUUAGUGUUACUCAAAUUCGAGUUGGAACAACUUUAUUUGAUGUGGAUUUGGCAGCCCUUUUUGAUUCAGGGACCUCGUUCACAUAUUUGGUUGACCCAGCCUAUACAAGGCUUUCAGAAAGUUUUCAUUCACAGGUUCAUGAUAGACGACGUCAAUCUGACUCAAGGAUCCCUUUUGAAUAUUGUUAUGAUAUGAGUCCCGAUGUGAAUUCUAGUUUGAUUCCUAGUCUGCGCUUAACUAUGAAAGGUGGAAGUCAAUUUGCUGUCUAUGAUCCCAUCAUUGUCAUCUCCACUCAGAAUGAAAUUGUAUAUUGCCUGGCAGUUGUCAAGAGUGCAGAACUGAAUAUAAUUGGGCAGAACUUCAUGACUGGCUAUCGGGUGGUGUUUGACAGAGAGAAACUCAUCUUGGGCUGGAAGAAAUUUGAUUGUUAUGAUGUUGAUGAUUAUAGUUAUUUCUCUGAAAAGUCCAAUUCCACCAAUGUGCCUCCUGCUGUUGCUGCUGGACUAAGCAAUUAUUCUACGCCAAAAUCAACAAAGGAGAUCAAGAGUAAUCAGACUUCAAGUGCGUGUCCAUCUUAUCCUCACCCUACAACUCCUGUGACUUGUUUCAGAGUUUUCGUCUUAUUCUCUCUUUUACUCUUUACAUUGUCAGACUUUGCAGGCCAAUUUUUAGCCCAUGUCUUGCAGUUUUAGGUUAUCUUUUUCUUACCAUUAUGUUUACAAUGUAAACCAUACACCACAGGACAGGAUAAGAAAAUAGUAAUAGUUCAGCUCACUUCCACUA